AGCUGCCUCGUAGCGGAAACUUGUUCGCCGCGAUGUCGGGCACCCGGGCGGCUGUGGCGGCGGCUGCUGCCGCCGCUGCUGCUUCCAACGAUCGCGCCUCUCGCCCUGCCGCCGGCGCUGCUAUCGGCGUCGGUUUGAAGCGGCUGCGAAGCGAGCCGGGCGGCAACCGUGUGACGGUAGUGCUGGGUGCUCAGUGGGGCGACGAAGGGAAAGGCAAAGUGGUGGAUCUCCUGGCCACCGAGGCCGACCUCAUCUGUAGGUGCCAGGGUGGAAAUAAUGCAGGUCAUACUGUCGUUGUUGAUGGGAAGGAAUACGAUUUUCAUCUCUUUCCUAGUGGUAUAAUUAAUCCUAAGGCUGUUUCUUUUAUUGGUAAUGGAGUGGUUAUACAUUUACCUGGCUUAUUUGAAGAAGCUGAAAAAAAUGAGAAGAAAGGAUUAAGAGACUGGGAGAAAAGGCUUAUAAUAUCAGACAGAGCACAUAUUGUGUUUGAUUUUCACCAAGCAGUUGAUGGACUUCAAGAAGUGCAGCGUCAAGCACAAGAGGGGAAAAACAUUGGCACAACAAAAAAAGGAAUUGGACCAACUUAUUCUUCCAAAGCUGCACGGACAGGACUUCGGAUUUGCGAUCUUCUUUCAGACUUCAGUGAAUUUUCAUCAAGAUUUAAAAAUUUGGCUCACCAGUACAAGUCAAUGUUUCCUUCUUUAGAAGUUGACAUAGAUGGGCAACUAAAAAAACUAAAGGGAUAUGCUGAAACAAUAAGACCAAUGGUCCAAGAUGGAGUUUAUUUUAUGUAUGAAGCACUACACGGCCCUUCUAAGAAAAUUCUGGUGGAGGGUGCCAAUGCAGCACUGCUUGAUAUUGAUUUCGGCACAUAUCCUUUUGUGACAUCAUCAAACUGCACUGUGGGUGGUGUAUGCACUGGGUUGGGCAUUCCUCCUCAGUAUAUUGGAGAAGUUUAUGGAGUAGUAAAAGCCUACACAACAAGAGUGGGAAUUGGAGCCUUUCCAACUGAACAAAUAAAUGAAAUUGGAGACCUUUUACAGUCACGAGGUCAUGAAUGGGGUGUGACUACAGGCAGGAAAAGACGUUGUGGCUGGCUAGAUCUUGUCAUUUUGAGAUACGCUCAUAUGAUCAACGGAUUUACUGCUUUGGCAUUGACAAAACUCGAUAUUCUGGAUGUCCUUGACGAAAUCAAAAUUGGUGUGGCCUACAGGCUAGAUGGGAAAAGAAUUCCAUACUUCCCAGCUAAUCAGGAAAUAUUGCAAAAAGUGGAAGUGGAAUAUGAAACAAUGCCAGGUUGGAAAACUGACACAACUAGUGCCAGAAAAUGGGAGGACCUUCCACCUAAGGCACAAAAUUACAUUAGAUUUGUGGAAAACCAUGUUGGUGUGUCAAUUAAAUGGGUUGGAGUUGGAAAAUCAAGAGAAUCAAUGAUCCAGCUCUUUUAAGGGCUCAUAGAAGAGCUGCAUUGAGAAAGGGUUCACCUAAUCUCUUCUGAUCCCAGACUAAGAUGAAGGAAGAUGCUUUCAAAAUCAAAAUAAUCUUUCUAGACUAUGAUUAGAAAAGAGCAUUGGCUCUUAUUUUAAAGUAUUAAAAUGGCUUGGAAACUACGUAAAAAUAAUUGGAGUGAAUUGGUUGAGGAGAAUCUUAAGAUGUAUAUACUACU